GCCAGACUUCUUUUGUACCAAGAAGUAGUGGGAGUAGAAACUGUGUCCUCUGUGCUGUGGAGGGACCAGUUCUAUGGCUCCCAGUUGUAGAAGAGGUCUCACCUCCCCUUCCAGGAUGGGCUAGUGAGAGGGGUCCCUGAAGAGAGAGGGGGUUGGCGGGGUGGUACAGCUAGGAAGGGGAUGGAGUAACCUUCCUUUACUAUUUCCAGGACCCAUCUGUCCGAGGUAAUGAGCAUCCAAGAUGAGAAAAAUGGAGCAAGGCGUUUGCCAAACUGUCGGCGUGUAGAUGGCGUUACGGAUGGUCGGGGCAACUGGAGCAGGCAGAAGGUUCUCUGGACCUCAACCAAACCUUCAAAUUUGCUGCUUAUUAGAGGGUGUUUGGGACGGUGCCCCUCAUGCAGGCGAUUGUCUGCGCCUCUUGGGAGUGCUGGUAUUUGAACAGGCUGUGGUUCUGGAGGUUGAGAGAUUGUCAAAGAGGGGAUGGAUGGAGGCCGGUGUGUUUGCAGCAGUGGGGAAUAACCAAAUUGUGCCCUAUACAUGGCCCUAUGGAGGAAGAAAGAGAAAAGGGAAACUAACGACUAUGAGAGGAAAACAGGCGGGUGCUGCAGCCCCGGCAUCGAUGGAUGGAGACUCAGGUGCGGGGCCCCCACCCAGAAAGGUCGGCUGCCCCACAUCAGCGAGGGGUGACUCAGAGCCCGGCCACGUGGCACUGGCUAUCACCUCAAUGGGCUUGGUGGUCUUCAGCGAGGUGUCGUCUGUGGCUGGGCAGACGGAAGAGUCCAGGGGCUCCCCAGAAAUGAGAGCAGGAGUGGCGGUCAUGGAAGGGAAGAUGACGACCUUGCCAUACAUUUUGGAGGCCGCCACUAUGGACAUGGGCCCCAUCACCCUCGCCAGUGCCCACAUAUAG